UCAUUCUGUCAUCCAGUAAAAGAAUGGGUAGUGGGUUUGGAUACUUAAAUUGAGUCAAUGGAGCAAUUUUACCUAGGAAUUGUACAUAAAAUUAUUCUUUCUUUUCAACAACUUCAGUUAUACUGAUAUAGUUGUAGUAUUGGUUUUUAGUUCUGAGGAGUUCUAACCACGUGUAUAUUUGUAUUGUAUUGCGUUUAAUCUGUCCAAUUUUUGGGUGAAAUUAUCUAUUUUAUGCAAAAAAAUCAUUUGAGUUUUUUCAUCUCACGUAGAAGAACUAGUAAUGGCAGACUUUAUAGAUAGAGAAGCUGAAGAGAGCAGUGAGGAGGAAGACUUAGAACCACGCGACCGCAAGAAAGCAAAGAAAGCUAAAGCUGUUGACAGUUCUGACGAGGAGGAAGAAGAUGAUGAAGACCGUUUACGUGAAGAACUAAAAGAUCUUAUUGAUGACAAUCCCAUUGAAGAGAGUGAUGCGGAAUCUGAUGCAUCUGGUAGUAGUAGAAGUCAAAAGCGAAAGAAAUCAGAUGAAGAAGAUUUAGACGAUCGUUUGGAAGAUGAAGAUUAUGACUUACUUGAAGAGAAUUUGGGUGUCAAAGUUGUGAGACGUAAAUUCAAACGUCUACGUCGUUUUGAUGAUAAUGAGAGUGAAGGAGAAGAGGAACAAAAUGCUGAUCAAGAUCGAGAUCAAAUUGCCAUGGAUAUAUUCUCAGAAGAUGAUGAUGAACGAAGAUCGGAGCGUAGCCAUAGGGCCCCUGAACCUGAAGCAUUUGGAGAUGAAGAAGAUGAAGGAGAAUACUCUGAUGCCGACGACUUCAUUGUGGACGAUGAGGGUAGGCCUAUAGCCGAGAAGAAAAGGAAAAAAAAGCCCAUUUUCAGCGAUGCGGCUCUUCAAGAAGCCCAGGAAACUUUUGGUGUUGACUUUGAUUAUGAUGAAUUUUCCAAAUAUGACCAAGAUGAGUAUGAUGAGUCUGAAGAAGAUGAGGAAGACGAGUAUGAGGAAGACGACGAAGGAGAAAGAAGGAGGAGAUCUAAGAAAGCUGCUAAGAAGAAGCCUACUAAAAAAUCAAUAUUCGAAGUCUACGAACCUAGUGAACUCAAAAGGGGCUUCUUUACUGACCUUGACAAUGAAAUCCGAAACACGGAUAUUCCAGAAAGAAUGCAACUACGAGACGUCCCAGUUACGUCUGUUCCUGACGACUCUUCUGAACUCGACGAUGAGGCCGAAUGGAUCUACAAACAAGCGUUUUGUAAACCGUCAGUGUCUAAUAUGGACGCGAACUUAUCUCCUGAAGCUCGAGAUAAAAUGAAAAAAGGGCCGCAAACAAUCGUCAAGAUCAGGAAGGCGUUGGAUUUCAUCAGAAAUCAGCAGCUGGAAGUUCCUUUUAUCGCUUUCUACAGGAAGGAGUAUGUUCAACCGGAACUGAAUAUCAAUGAUCUUUGGAAAGUUUAUAGAUUUGAUGCAAAGUGGUGUCAACUGAAAACACGUAAAGAAAACAUGCUGAGACUAUUCGAGAAAAUGAGAUCAUAUCAGUUGGACAUACUAAUGAAAGAUCCCGACGCUCCCAUACCUGAUAACGUGCGAGUUAUGAAAGAUUCAGAUAUAGAGCAGUUGAAGAAUGUGCAGACCCCUGAAGAACUCAAUGACGUGCACAAUCAUUUCAUUCUUUAUUAUGCUGCCGACUUGCCUGCCAUGCAUGCGGCUUGGAGGAUCAAGGAUAAAGAAGAGAAAAAACGGGCCAAAAGGGAAGCCAGGAUGAAGCUCAUUGCUGAAAGCGAGGAAGGAGCAGACAUUCCUGAAGAGGUAGAAGAAGUUGAGGAUGAUGAGCCGGAACCUGAGACUUUGAAGUAUGCAAAUAGAUCUGGCAGUUACUCACUGUGUGUAAAGGCGGGAUUGGACGGUUUAACGAAGAAAUUUGGUUUAACACCUGAACAUUUUGCGGAAAAUCUGCGAGACAAUUAUCAGAGGCACGAAGUAGAUCAAGAACACGUGGAACCGCUUGAAAUUGCGAAAGAAUUCAUAUCUCCCAAAUUCUCGACAGUUGAAGAAGUCCUCCAAGCGGCCAAGUAUAUGGUUGCUCUGCAAAUUGCUAGAGAGCCUUUGGUUCGAAAGUGUGUGAGAGAAACUUUUUACGAAAGGGCAAAAAUGAAUGUCGUACCAACUAAGAAAGGUCAGAAGGAAAUUGACGAGUCCCACAACUGUUACAGCAUGAAAUAUGUCAAGAACAAACCUGUUAGAGACUUGACCGGCGAUCAGUUCCUGAAACUUUGCCUUGCAGAAGAAGAACAUCUGCUGACCAUUUCCAUAAAUGAAACGAUUGAAGGUAAUACCAGUGGAUCAUACAUUGAUGAAGUUAAGCAACUGUAUAUCAAGGACGAAUUCAGCAAGAACGUACAAGAUUGGAAUGCUCUCAGAAUGGAAUGUGUAGAGAGAGCUUUAACAAAAAGUGUUUUCCCAGAUUUGAAAGCAGAACUAAAGAGAGUGCUGCUAUCCGAAGCGAAGGAAUGUGUACUGAGAGCUUGUUGUAGAAAAUUAUACAAUUGGAUAAAGAUUGCUCCAUACACAAUAACAUUUUCCGAAGAAGACGAGGAUGACUGGGACACUUCCAAAGGAAUCAGAACUAUGGGCCUUGCCUAUGUUCCGGAUUAUACCGUGUCAGCUUUCGCUUGUAUUGCUGCUCCAGACGGAGAAAUAACCGAUUAUUUGAGGCUCCCCCAUAUGCUAAAAAGGAAAAAUAGUUACAGGAAUGAAGAGAAGUUGCUGAAGGAGUCCGACUUGCAAGCAGUUAAGAACUUUAUCUACACCAAAAAACCUCACGUGAUCGCCAUCGGCGGAGAAUCUAGGGAGGCACUGAUGAUCGCCGAGGACCUCCGUGGGGUUAUAAAUGAGUUGGUGGAAUCAGACCAGUUCCCCCAGAUAAAGGUUGAGAUUGUGGACAAUGAGCUGGCGCAGGUGUAUGCCAACUCUAAUAAGGGACAAGCAGAUUUCAGAGACUACCCAGAACUUCUGAGGCAGGCUGUAUCAGUGGCCAGGAAAAUGCAAGAUCCUCUCGUUGAGUACUCCCAGCUUUUCAAUGCGGAUCAGGAAAUUUUAAGUUUAAGGUUCAGUCCACUACAGGAAUCUCUCCCAAAAGAAGAAUUGCUCGAAGCUUUAUGUUUGGAAUUUGUCAACAGAACAAACGAAGUGGGCGUAGAUGUCAAUCUGGCCGUUCAACAAGCCCACAAAAGUAAUCUGGUUCAAUUCAUCUGCGGUCUCGGACCGCGUAAAGGCCAAGCUUUAUUGCGAGUUUUGAAACAAACCAAUCAGCGACUGGAAAAUAGAACGCAGCUUGUUACAUCGUGCCACAUGGGUCCGAAGGUUUUCAUAAACUGUUCAGGAUUCAUAAAGAUAGACACGAGUAGUUUGGGAGACAGUACGGAGGCUUACGUGGAAAUACUGGAUGGGUCUCGCGUUCAUCCAGAAACAUACGAAUGGGCCAGGAAAAUGGCAGUGGACGCCUUAGAAUAUGAUGAUGAUGAGGGAGCGAACCCCGCCGGAGCCUUGGAGGAGAUCCUUGAGGCGCCUGAAAGGUUAAAAGAUUUGGAUCUUGAUGCUUUUGCAGAGGAGUUAGAGAGGCAAGGGUUUGGUAAUAAGAGCAUCACCCUGUAUGACAUAAGGGCGGAAUUGAACUGCAGAUACAAAGAUUUGAGGCAACCGUUUCGUUCAGCUAAUCCUGAGGAGUUGUUCGAUAUACUCACGAAGCAGACUCCCGAAACUUUCUAUAUAGGUAAAAUGGUCACGGCUUCAGUUAUCGGUAUCGCUAGAAGAAAACCCAAACCGGAUCAACUAGAUCAAGCGAAUCCUGUCAGAAAUGAUGAAACUGGCCUCUGGCAAUGUCCUUUCUGUUUGAAGAAUGAUUUUCCUGAGUUGUCUGAUGUGUGGAAUCAUUUUGAUGCUGGCUCUUGUCUAGGACAAGCGACUGGUGUAAGGUUAAGGCUUGAUAACGGUGUAUUAGGUUAUAUUUAUAUAAAAAAUAUCAGUGACAAACCAGUAUCGAAUCCCGAAGAAAGAGUUAAAGUAGGCCAACUCAUUCAUUGCAGAAUACAAAAGAUUGAUGUAGAACGGUUCAGCGUUGACUGUACUUCAAAAUCCAGUGAUCUUUUGGAUAAAAACCAUGAAUGGAGGCCCCCUCGAGAUCCUUAUUACGAUCAAGAACAAGAAGAUAAAGACAAAGGCAUAGAAGCGGAGAGAAAAAAAGACUUACAACGUAAAACGUACGUGAAGCGAAUCAUAGUUCAUCCCGCCUUCCACAAUAUUUCCUAUGCUGAAACAGAAAAAUGCAUGGCCAAUAUGGAUCAAGGGGAAGUCAUUAUAAGGCCUUCAAGUAAAGGCUUCGACCAUUUGACAAUAACGUGGAAAGUGGCAGAUGGUAUUUACCAGCAUAUCGAUGUCAAGGAAGAGGGUAAAGCAAAUCCAUUUUCAUUGGGAAAAUCACUGUUGAUUGGUAAGGAGGAGUUUGAAGAUUUGGAUGAAAUAAUAGCCAGGCACAUCACUCCAAUGGCUUCAUACGCAAGGGACUUGCUUUACUUUAGGUAUCACAAAGACUUUGAAGGUGGGCAAAAAGAUAAAGCGGAGGAGUACUUGAUCGAGGAGAAGAAGAAAAAUUCUUCUAAAAUUCACUAUGUCAUCAGCGCUGCUAAAAACUUCCCUGGCAAAUUUUUGCUCUCUUAUCUCCCACGAAACAAAGUCAUUCACGAAUAUGUAACGGUAACUCCAGAGGGAUUCCGAUACAGACAGCAAAUGUUUGACUCGCUAAAUUCUCUGUUCAAAUGGUUCAAAGAACACUUCAGGGAUCCACCUCCCGGAGGACUUACUCCAGGUACUCCGCGGUCUUCUGGUCGCACGCCAUAUGGUAGCGGAACUCCAUCAUUUAAUAUGAAUACUGAAGCAAUUCAACGAGUUGCUCAAAAUCUUCCGAGCCACAUGAUGCAAACUUUGUCGGCUGUAGCCAACCAAACUCCUCAUUAUCCUCACACUCCUGGGGGAGCCUACGGUGCUGCCAAUUAUAUCAAUACACCUUACACUCCGAGCGGGCAGACUCCGUACAUGACCCCAUACCAAACCCCCCAUACCCAGCAGACGCCUCGGUAUGGCCACCAAACCCCUUCUCAGGUAUCAGGCGCAGCCCCUCACCUAGCAGGAACUUUCUUACACCCUAGCGCGGUGACGCCUUCACAGCGUACGCCCAGCUACAGAAACCUACCAGUACAAUCUCCGAUGAUUUCGCAGAGUCCAGUGCCUAGUCCGGGAUCAUCGCAAAGCUCUUUCAGCAGCAGUCACAGCCAGCAUAAUCGAGGAAAUUACGGGGAUAGGAUGCGGUUCCAGCCUCCGGAGUCUCCGAGGAGUUUUGCCAGUAAUAAUAGAGUUCCUUAUCCUGAUAACCCAAGAUUCGGGUCAGGAGGAACCGAAUCGAUGGACUGGCAGAAGGCGGCUGAAGCUUGGGCUGCGAGGUCCAGAUCCACACCAAGAAGCGAGGGUCGAAAUACUCCACGAUCUAUGGGUCAGAGGACUCCGAGAUAUAAUGAUAACAUUGCCAACGAUCUGGAGCGCUCCAGGAUGAAAAAUGUUGGCAAAAGCCCCAGGUCGGCCAGAUCCACUCCUCGGACAAACACUUCUCCUCAUUCUAUGUCGUUGGGUGACGCCACUCCUCUUUAUGAUGAAAGUAUCUAAUGACUAUGUGUUAGUUUAUGGGUGACGGUAGUGGAGCCACUUGAAGGUGGGGAAAGAAGCAAAUUGGAGUAUUUUCCAUGAAAAAGGAUGAAUGGUCAUUGAGAUAUUUUGCUUUUUAAUUACGAGUUAGGUGAUAUUUAUAAAAAAAAACAUGCUUCUGAAAAAUAAGACUCUCAUUAGAUGAAAUUAUACAGUGUCAUCCCCAAA